AUGGCUGCUCACGCUCCAACCAACGACGAAAUAAGCAUUGACAUGCUCACGGAAACUGGAAAAGCACACUGGAGCGAGAUCAAAGCUGCACUUCCUGAUGCUAAAAUGGCGGACUUUUUCGUCAAGCCAAGAAAGCAUUCCCGCCGACCCGAUAGUGAGUGGGAUCACAUUGUGCGCGGAUCUGAGAUCAAGGGGUCCUUCGCCGCCAUGGACGAUGGGCACGAGGGAUUCGAUGACUAUGCUCUUAGAGUGAAGGCUGUUGACCCCAGCAAGCUUAAUGUUGACCCUAAUGUCAAACAAUACAGUGGAUACCUUGACGACAACGCCAGCGGAAAGCAUCUCUUUUUCUGGUUUUUUGAAUCGAGAAAUGACCCGAAGAGUGACCCCAUCAUCCUGUGGCUCAACGGCGGCCCCGGGUGCUCAUCCAUGACCGGCCUCUUUAUGGAACUCGGCCCAUCGCGAGUCAAUCGGAAUAUUGACCUUGUUUACAACCCUCACGCUUGGAACAGCAAUGCCUCCGUCAUCUUUCUCGAUCAACCGGCCAACACAGGUUUUUCUUACAGCACCAGCCCAGUCAGCAAUACAGUCUCGGCUUCCAAGGACGUGUAUGCGUUUUUGAGGAUGUGGUUCCAGCAGUUUCCCGAGUACUCCGAGCUUCCUUUCCAUCUUGCUGGUGAAUCUUAUGCGGGCCACUACAUCCCUCAAUUUGCUUCGGACAUUCUCGCCCAGGGAGGCCUCAAUCUCAAAUCUGUGCUAAUUGGUAACGGUCUGACUGAUCCAAAGACACAAUAUGCUGGCUAUCGUCCCAUGGGUUGUGGCGAGGGUGGAUACAAGGCUGUCCUCAAUAGAAACACUUGUGCUCAAAUGGCACGCGCUCUUCCCGGGUGCCAACGAGCCGUUCAAUCCUGCUAUGACACUCAAAAUACCCGUACUUGCGUGAACUCCGCUAGUUCAUGUAAUUCAUACUUUCUCAACGUUUACCCAUCUAGCCGCAAUAUAUAUGAUGUCCGAUAUCCAUGUGAAGACCGAGCCAACCUUUGUUACUCUAUCGUUGGAUGGAUCAGUCGCUGGUUGAAUCAGCGAGCAGUUAUCCAAGCUCUUGGAGCCGAAGUCGACAAUUUCCAAUCUUGCAACAGCGCUGUCAACCGCGCAUUUUUCAACAACGGCGACUGGUCUCUUCCGUACCACCGCAAGGUCCCCGGCCUGCUCGAGAAGAUUCCUGUGCUCAUCUACGCGGGGGAUGCCGAUUAUAUUUGCAACUGGGUUGGCAAUAAAAUGUGGGCGGAUGCUCUUGAGUGGCCGGGCAAAUCUGAGUUUGCGAGCAAGCCGCUGAAAGAUGUUAUGCUCACCAAUGGUACGGCAUAUGGCCAAUUGAAAUCCCACAAGAACUUUGCGUUCUUGCGUGUAUUGAAGGCCGGCCACCUCGUACCGUAUGAUCAGCCAGAGGGUGCCCUAGUGUUCCUCAACAAGUGGCUCGCUGGUGACUUGAAAGAAUAA